UCCCUGAAACACUGUGAUUCUCAGCUGAGCUCCAAAACAGUCCAACAUUACCGUCCAGCCUCUCCAAGCUGCACCUCUGAUCCCAGGAGAUAACCCAAAGGUCCCUCCCCCUCACCCCCCUCCGAUUCAAACUAUCCCCUGGGCCUGCUCCUGGAGAGUUCACACUACAAGAUUUUAUUUAUUUAGCUUUUCCAUCUUCCUGCUGAGCCUGUUAUGGAAAAAACUGGUAUGGAAUUGCAGAAGCUUUCAAACGGACUUCACUAUGAAGCUGAUGGAUCUGUGGAGGGCGGAGUCCCACCGGAGGAAGAGAAGUUCUUGCAGCACAAGGAUGGAGGUUCAAAGAGACCCCAGUUCACAGAUUUUGAGGGAAAAACCUCCUUUGGGAUGUCUGUUUUCAACCUGAGCAACGCCAUCAUGGGCAGUGGCAUCCUGGGACUGUCGUAUGCCAUGUCAAACACUGGCAUUGUCCUUUUCUUGAUCCUGCUGACAUGUAUUGCUUGUCUGUCUUGUUAUUCCGUCCAUCUGCUGCUCCACAGUGCUGGGGUUGUGGGCAUUCGUGCUUACGAGCAGCUCGGCUUCAGAGCUUUCGGUCAUCCAGGAAAGAUUCUAGCAGCUGUCAUCAUAACGCUGCACAACAUCGGCGCCAUGUCCAGCUACCUGUUCAUUGUAAAAUACGAGCUACCGCUGGUCAUCCAAACUUUUCUUGGUCAAACAUCCACCUCUGAAGAGUGGUUCAUGAAUGGAAAUUACCUCAUUAUCAUCGUCACUGUCUGUGUCAUCCUCCCACUGGCCAUGAUGAAACACCUGGGAUAUCUGGGUUAUACGAGUGGUUUCUCUCUGUCCUGCAUGGUGUUUUUCCUCUCUGUGGUCAUCUACAAGAAAUUUAACAUUGCUUGCCCUAAGGAACUGUUUGGAAACUUCUCUAUGAACGCAGACAUGCCAGAGGACACAUGCGCCGUGAAAUAUUUCACCAUCAACCAGGAGACUGCAUACACCAUCCCCAUCCUUGCAUUUGCUUUUGUGUGUCACCCAGAGGUGCUGCCCAUCUACACUGAACUGAGCAACCCAUCAAAGAAAAGGAUGCAGAGAAUUGGCAAUGUUUCCAUCUUGGGAAUGUUCAUCAUGUACUUCUUCACUGGCAUAUUUGGCUAUCUGACCUUUUACGAGAAAACCGAGGCCGAGCUCCUCCACACUUACAGUAAGGUUGAUGCGCUGGACACUCUUAUCCUGUGUGUGCGUCUGGCUGUCCUGGUGGCCGUUACUCUGACUGUACCCGUGGUCUUGUUUCCUAUCCGUCGCGCCCUUUUGCAGCUGCUGUUUCCAGGAAAACCCUUCCACUGGUUACGUCAUAUCGCCAUUGCUGUGUGUCUUCUGUUUGCUGUCAACCUGCUGGUCAUACUUGUUCCCAACAUUCGAGACAUUUUUGGCAUUACUGGGGCAACCACUGCUCCCACUCUGAUCUUCAUUCUCCCAGGGCUGUUCUACAUCCGCAUCGUCCCCACCAGCCAGGAGCCUAUGACCUCCAGACCAAAGAUCCAGGCUGCAUGUUUCACCACUCUGGGUUUCAUAUUCAUGAUCAUGAGUCUGACAUUCAUCGUAAUUGACUGGAUAACCGGAGAAAAGCGGAGUCAUGGCGGCCAUUAAUCUGCAAACAUCCUCCCCAAACUUAAAUCAGCCACACCCCACUGAUAUGUCCUUCUUCCAGACCUCUGGAUGGGACUUAAAAUGUAAUCUAUAGCUGGAAAACUCAGGCAUUAGUGGGACCGUUUUCAUUCAUUAUUUGGACAGUCUGUUCCUCUGCUGUGAUGAAGAGACCACUUCUGUCCUGAAGCUCAGCUAAGUUAAGGUCGAUCACCACGAUCCAGCACAAGAGUUGACGAACAUGUUGAUCAUGGAUGUCCCUCCACCAUUCAAAGCUAUUUGCUUUUACAGAGGCUACAUGUAAAUACUACCAGAAUUUUAAUGUAGGCAAAUGUUGGAAUACAAACCCUUUAAAAGUUUAAAUUUCACUCUUAAGUUUGAUGGAGAUAAUUGGUUGGGUAAGCACUUAGAAAAUGCUGUUGAAAUAAAUCAAAGAAUUAUUUUUGCAAAUGUAUUUUUGGUUACCAGAGAGCCGUACAGUAUGAGAUAAACAAGCAACUGCUUUCACAUUAAAUCAGUGUAUGUACUUGUAAUGCAGUUCUGCUGAGCUGUUCAUGGAAAAUUGGAAAUUACAAAGUUCUGUCAUUGUCUGACAUGAAGUCUGUGCAACUGUGAACUUCUUAAUUUGGUGUAAUUUGUUUGUGAAUUUUGUUUCUGAGCAGCAUGUGUGUAUUGUUUAAUAAAAAUUUACAAAAGGUG